GAUCACAAAAGUAUCAACAUGUUCUCCAAAAUCGUCGCUCUGUGCGCCUUCGUGGCCGUGGCCCAGGCUGGUCUCCUCGCGGCUCCCGCCCACUACUCCUCCGCCGCCGCGGUGUCCUCCCAGAGCAUCGUGCGUCACGAUGAGGCUCAUGCCCAGGCCGCUCCCCUGGCUAAGAUCGCCGUAGCUGCUCCCGUGGCUAAGAUCCUGGCUGCUCCCGUCGCCUACCACGCUGCCCCUGCGCCCGUCGCCUACCACGCCGCUCCUGCCUCCAUCGCCUACCACGCCGCUCCGGCCCCCGUUGCCUACCAAGCCGCUCCAGCCCACAUCGCCUACCACGCAGCCCCCGUCGCCAAGGUUCUCGCCGCCCAACCAGAGGAAAUCGCUCACCCCAAGUAUGAGUACACAUACUCGGUUGCUGACAGCCACACCGGCGACAACAAGUCCCAGCAGGAGUCCCGCGACGGUGAUGUUGUGAAGGGCUCUUACUCCUUCCUCGAAGCUGACGGCUCCGUCAGGACUGUCGAGUACACUGCUGAUGACCACAACGGAUUCAACGCGGUGGUGCACAACAGCGCUCCCACUGCCGCCCCCGUACAUGUCAAAGCUGCCCCCCUUCUCCUGAAGGCUGCUCCCGCCCUCCAGUACUACCAUCCAUUUGAUCACUCAAGUAGAUAUCUCAACAUGUUCUCCAAAAUCGUAGCUCUCUGUGGUUUGGUGGCGGUGUGCCAGGCAGGUCUGCUGCCCGCCCCCGUGCACUACUCCUCCGCCGCCGCUGUCUCCUCGCAGAACAUCGUGCGUCACGACCAGCCUGCAAAGCACGUGGCCGUCGCCGCCCCCGUCGCCUACCAUGCUGUUCCCGCCGUCACCUACCACGCCGCCCCUGCCGUUGCUUACCAUUCCGCUCCUGCCCCAGUUGCCUACCAUGCUGCCCCCGUCGUAGCCCAUGCUGAGGAGUUCGACGCUCACCCGAAAUACGAGUACAACUACUCUGUUGCUGACGGUCACACCGGUGACAACAAGUCCCAGCAGGAGGUCCGCGACGGAGAUGUUGUGAAGGGCUCUUACUCCUUCCACGAAGCUGACGGCUCCAUCAGGACCGUGGAGUACUCCGCUGACGACCACCACGGUUUCAACGCUGUGGUGCACAACACCGCCCCUACCGCCGCCCCCGUGCACGUCAAGGCUGUGCCCGCUUACGUCGCACCCGCCCACUACUACCACCACUAAACGAGACCAAAAAUUUUCCU